AUGAAAUUCACUGCUGUUUUCACUCUCGCUUCAGUUGCUUUAGCAUUAAACUUGGACCAAGUCAGAUUAAUCAACGACCACGAAGUGGUUAUUCAAGAUACUGAAUAUGGUUACCCAGCAAUUGUCAAUUUGAAAGACGAAGAUGACCAAGCUGAAGUUGCUAAAAAGACCAAAUCAUCAACUAAAGUCACUACUACCACUUCAUCUCAUGUCACUUCUGUUACCACUACAACUACUUCUCACUCAUCAAAGAAGCAUUCAUCCACUUCUACCAAACACAAGACUUCAACUCACUCAAUCACCAAGACUGCUGGUGCCGAUGCUGUUGCUGCUAGUGUAGGUGGUCCAUUGUUGGUUGCUUUGGGAUUAUUGUUGUAA